CAAUCGAGGAUCUCAGAAUGUUUUUCAUGUCAUCACCACCUUGGAGAGGCUAUUGGGCGUGAGAACCUGAAGACGAUCUGAAGCAGACCCGCAUCGCUCUGGAGAGAAAGUCUAAUUCGCCGCUCAAACACCCAGAGAGUUUCAUUUACUACUUGCUCCAAAAGCUCUGGAAGGACGACCGCACGGUCCUUCUCCUGAGGAUGACGAACAUAGUGGACGAACUCCAGCAUACAAUCGACUCCGAACCGAAAGCGAAAGAGCUCAUCUCAGCAUAUUGUGCAGCCCAAAUCGGUGAUUUGUCGAUACUGUGUGAAUGUAUUCGGCAACUUGAACUGUACCAACCUUGGGCAAAUAUGUUCGUGAAUAAUCUGGUGGACUUGGAGAGCGACAUCGUGGCGGACUACGAAAAGCAAAGCCGGCCAUGGUAUCGACUGCGCGAUGCUACCAAAGGAAGCGCAGAUGUUCUGGCGCGAUAUGAAACUCCCACGACCGAACGCUUUGGAUAUCCAGUGGAUAAACGCAGAACGAAAGAAACUACGGACGCUAUGAGACUGGCUGAACAGAAUCUGGACACGUUUUGGAACAAGGUUGAUGAGCUUGUGCAUCGAAAUGCGGGCGAUUUGCGAAAUACUGCUGUUCGUGAACUCAUGCUUCAGCCACGGCUGUUGCACCGCACGCCCGAGUGGUUAGAUCCAGAAACGAAACAAGACAAUAAUGCGUCCCAAGCAAAGAAGAACCAGCAGGUUGAUGCUCUUUGCAAACCGCUUUCCGAGAUAUAUUUCGAUCUUGAGUUGCGGACAGAAACUUCAGGCAAUGACAAAGGAGUCCAUAUAGCUCAGCCCAGGACGAAACCAAAGACCCGAGGUGCACCAGCAUCGACGCCAGCGCCUGUCGAUGAUAACAACAACAUCCUGCCCGAAGAAAAUUUGCUCGACCCUCAGCCCAUCUUUGAAGUGGACAAUCGUGCGCUCAAAGUAUUCAAGACCAUAUUCUACACACCCUCAUCUGGAUCAACGCCAGGAGAACUGCCUUGGGCUGAUUUCGUGCAUGCCAUGGUAGCCACAGGAUUCAAGUCCGAGAAGCUGUACGGCAGUGUGUGGCAAUUCAGUCCCACGAAGUUGGAUGUUGAGAGGAGCAUACAAUUUCACGAACCUCAUCCCAGCGGGAAGAUACCGUACUGGAUUGCGAGGAGACAUGGCAGGAGGUUGAAUCGUGCGUAUGGAUGGUUUGGAGGAAUGUUCAAAUUGGCUGAGAAGAAAGAGACGGCAUAGGCGAUUCCCAAUGCGUUACAAGGGGCUUUGGUCUUUGGUUUCGUGAAAGGUCGAUGCCCGUUCACGAAUGAUCAUUGGAGACCGCUCAAUGAGAUCCCGCUUUCCGCCUGUAUGGCCGUGCAUUUGGUUGGCAUAUUCGAUUGCACACGCACAUAUAUGCUGAGCUCCUCGAGCGAGCAAAGAAGCAGAAGAUACCCAAAGAAAAUGAAAACGACAGCAUGGCAGUGUCGCGGCCACAAGCAUGGUACACGUGCUUACAAGAGACAAGAUUCGACCAGUUUCGUUGCCAGAGGCUCGUAGUGCGCUCAAAGCUCAUCGAGAGCCUGCGAAAUGAAACAGUCUAUGUUAAACCUGUCAGCUAUCUCGUCUUGGGUCCCAUGCCUCUCUGUUCACACGACAUAUAU